UGUUCUUAAUGUAUUACAGAGAUUAGCCUCGUUUUAUUUUAAUUUUUUUUUUAAAAAAAAAAAAACCCAAAGUUGCUUCAAGGCGCCAUUUCCCGUUAACCAUUUUCGGCAGGGAGUUGAGCAAAUAACAACAACAGCACAGGUAAACCCAGAAAAUACAGAACAAUGUAAUGCGAAUUCCGACUACAUUUCGUCUCUCAUCCGAUACAUUCCGCAAAAACCACUACCCUUCAUCUUCAUCAUCAUCUUUCAUCCCUCCUCCAAACCCAAUUCACCAAUUGUUCGAAUCACGCAUAAUCUCUACCCUUAAUUCCUGCACCCAUCUCACCCAUCUCAAAGCAGCUCAUGCUCGCAUCUACCGUUGUGGCCUUGACCAAAGCAGCUAUGUUCUCACCAAACUCAUCCGCAUUUUCACCAAAUUCAACUCUCCCAUGGCUGGCUACCCUCGCGCCAUUUUCUCCCAGGUUCGUCAUCCAAAUUCCUUUCUUUGGACUGCUUUGAUUCGUGGGUAUGUUGUAAAUGGGCCAAUUUCAGAAGCUUUAGUUUUGUAUGAUUGUAUGAGGAAGAAUGGAGCUUUACCCACUUCUUUUACUUUCUGUGCUCUGUUUAAGGCUGCUACUCUAAUGGAGGAUGUGGGUUUGGGUUGCCAGUUACAUGGGCAGAUGUUUAAGUUUGGUGGGUUUUCGUCGGAGUUGUUUCUGAAUGCUGGGAAUACGUUGAUUGAUUUGUAUGUGAAAUGUGGUGUUUUGGAAUGUGCACACAAGGUGUUUGAUGAAAUUCCUGUGAGAGAUGUUGUAUCUGGGACUUCAUUGAUUGUUGCUUAUGCUAAGGGGGGAGCGAUGGAGGCUGCUAUGGGGUUGUUUGAUGAGCUUGAUGUGAAGGAUUCAGUGGUAUGGACUGCUAUGAUUACCUCGUAUUCGCAGAAUGCUCGUCCUAAGGAUGCUUUGGAUAUGUUUGAUAGAAUGCAGUGUUGUGGGAUUGAAGCAGAUGAGUUUACAUUGGCUGGUGUUAUCUCCGCGUGUGCUCAGCUUGGUACGACUAAUUAUUUGACGCGUAUAAGGGAUAUAGCUGAAAGAUCAGGACAUGGGCCUGAUAGAAAUGUUGUUAUUGGGUCUGCAUUGGUAGAUAUGUUUGCCAAAUGUGGGAGAGUGGAUGGAGCGUAUGAGAUUUUUAAGGUGAUGAGAGAAAGGAAUGUGUACACUUACAGCUCAAUGAUUUUGGGGUUUGCAGUGCAUGGUCGUGCUGCUGAAGCAAUGCAAUUGUUCUAUGAGAUGGAGAAGACAGAUAUAAGACCGAAUAAGAUCACUUUGAUUGGGAUUCUUACAGCAUGUAGUCAUGCUGGAAUGGUGGAUGAAGGUCGCCAAUUAUUUAGAAUCAUGGAGGAAAAGUAUGGCGUCACCCCCACUGGUGAUCAUUAUACUUGUAUGGUUGAUCUUCUUGGAAGAUCAGGUCAUUUGGAAGAGGCCCUUGCCCUUGCCAAAUCAAUGCCACUCGAUCCUCAUGGGGGUGUGUGGGGUGCAUUACUCGGAGCUUGUAGAAUUCAUAACAAUCCUGACAUUGCUAAGGUUGCUGCUAGCCAUUUAUUUGAACUCGAGCCCAAUAAUAUAGGAAAUUAUGUCUUGCUUGCUAAUAUACUUUCAUCAGCUGGAAGAUGGGAUAGUGUUACAAGAGUGAGGACAAUGAUGAAAAUUAAGGGUUUGAAAAAGAUUCCUGCCCGUAGCUGGGUGGAAGGACUGAAAGGACAUAUACAAGAAUUCUUUGCUGGAGACCUGACUCAUCCAAGAUCCAGAGAGAUUAAGCAGGUGUUGGAAGACCUUCUAACUAGGUUGAAGCUUCAUGGAUACCAACCUAAUUUUAAUUCAGUGAGUUAUGAUGUUAGUGAUGAUGACAAGAGACAAAUACUAAUGACUCACAGUGAGAAGUUAGCUUUAGCUUAUGAAUUAUUGACUACUGAUUCCGCUCAUACGAUUAGGAUUAUGAAGAACCUUAGAAUUUGUGAGGACUGCCAUAUUUUUAUGUGUGGUGCUUCUAAGAUUACUGGGAGGGAGAUUGUUGUUCGAGACAACUUGAGAUUUCAUCAUUUUCGAGAUGGAUCAUGCUCCUGUGGAAAUUUCUGGUGAUAUAUGAUGGUUAGAUGAUUCUCGAGUAGUUAUCAUCUGCCUGAUAGCUAGGAUGGAGGUGAUAGUGGAUAAAGAUGAUUUGCUCUUUAGAGUUGGAAACACAAGCCUUUUACAGAAAUGUAGUUUGCAUGCUGAUUCAUCUGCCUGUUCUGGGUACAUUUUCCACAAUGUUGAAAUGUGCUUGUGACUUGUGCGGGUUUGUAAAGGAUGUAGCUCAACUUCCUGGGACUAAAAUUGAUGAGAUCUGCUUGCUGGACAAAAAUGGCAAAUGUUCAUCCUUGAUUACCAGAUAUGUGAACUAACCGCUUAGCAACAUCAUAUUGGAAUUAUGCACGCUUGCAAGUAAGAAGGAUUAAUUAUGACACAAGUGUGCCUUUUGAUUCAUAGGCUCAAUGCUGCGUAAGUUAUUAAGUUAUUGCACCGGUCAUAUAUCUGCUAAGUGUUGAUUUUCUUUAAGUUAUUGUUAUCCUGACUGCUGAUUCUGCGUUGAUAUAAAGAUUAAUGCCUCAUUUUUACUUUUCCUUAUUAAAGCUAUUUCUGCCUUAAUGAUGCUAUGUUUUUUGAGAUGCUUGUCAUGUCUGUUGAUGGUGCAUAUUUAUUUCGCCUAAGGAUGUGCAUUUCAUUCUCUAUAAUAUGUGUAUAUUUUGGAGUCUGAUCUUUCUCGUCUUUAAAAAAAAAUUACUAGCUAGCUUUCAAGUUUUAAGUACCAUAGGGCUCAUCAUGGCCAACAUUGUUGCCUGUGAGUCUGUGACGGUGUGCUCCAUGUUUUGGGAAAUUACAAACAAUUAUGGAAUCUGCAUUAGCUUCAAGCCUACGAUACCCGACAUAAGAUCUAACAUGUGGCAACUUAUAGGCUCUGUAGUAGAGGAUUGUUGCGAGUACGUGUAACAAUUACAUGGCUUUCCCAUCUAUGCUUAUCUAAUCCAAGGUUCCCUUCCUCCUAUGAUAACUAAUUUAAAUUAUAAGGUUCCUACCCACUUAGAUUUUUGUCUACUGUCUAGUCAUCCAUCAAUGCAAAACAAAGGGUUAGAGUGUCUUAGAUCUUGGGAUUAAUCUUAACUUUCCUUGAAUUAAUAUGAGUCAGAAUCCUGAUCAUCAAGUUGAUCAAAGUCAUGACCAAACUCGUGGAAAAACCCCACAUGGCGUUGCGCCCACUAGAUCAUCAAGUUCAAGCUCAAUAACACAACCAUUCACCCAGGAUUCUCCUAAAGGUGGCUUGUUCAUUAUUUCUGAAGGGAGCCAGCAAGAACAAAAGGAGUAUUGGGAUCUUAAAACAGCGGCAUUCAGCUCUCCUUAUUAUGAUCCGUUUGCUGAGGGUGAGGAAAAGGAGGUGGAGAUUGUUAGUCCGGUUGAUCGUCAAGGUAUUGGCAUCCCCACCAUAGAAGCGUACCAUUCGGAUGGUUCCCAUCGUUAAUAAUGUUCAGUUCUCUGUUUCUAGUGUUUGAAAGGAGGGUGUUGUUCUUCUAUGUCCCCUUGUAUCUGACCUUAAGCUAAUUGCCCUGUUCUUGUUUGCCUUGUGUUAAGCAAAUGCAAUCACUUUUCUCUCUUUUUUUUUUUUUUUUUUUUUUCUCUUCUUCUGAAGUAUCUUUAAGUAGUGGACACAUUAUACAUGAGGUUGUUAAGGAAAAUUAUGUACUGUGCUCUUGCUUCGGAAAUAAUCCAAGAAAGCUUACUCUUA